CACGUGCGGAAUAAAUAGUCUUGUUAAAACAAAAUAAAAUAAAUUUGUUUCCAAAAUAUAAUAAAUAUCCAUUGUGUUUCGAAAAUGGCUAUUCCAAAAAUCGAAUCAAAUGCAAAACCGAAAAAAAUUGUAUUUGAUGAUGAUGGCGAAAUCGUCAGCGAAGCAAAACAAAAAUCGAAAAAUAAAAAGGAAAAGUCGGUGAAAAAUACUGAUGCAGAGAACGUAGAUGCGGUCAAGGAUGAGGAUGAUGCAGAAAUUGGAGAUUUUGCUGAAGAGGAAGAAGAUGACUAUUUCUCAAUGAGGGAAAAGAAAAAGUCCAAACAAAAAAAUGAUAACAAUGAGAAGGAAUCCGAGACACAGAAAAAGUGGUAUUACAUUUAUCCACAAUACCCUGCCACUGAGGAAAUUUUAGAUAUGAAAGAUAAUGAUCAGAUGGAAUUGUAUAAUAUUUGCCGCUCUUCGUAUGAUCAGGAAAAAGCGAUAUUUUUAAAACAAAAUCCAUCCGAUUCUAGGUGGCUUCAAACUGCUCUCCACAAAGGUACAGCCAAAGAUCGAGCUAAUGCUGGUGCCUUAUUAGUUACCAGUAAUCCUUUAGCUAAUCUUGAGGCACUUUCAACACUCAUAGGAUUUACCAAGAUAUCAAAUAAAUCUAGCGCUGAAGUGAUAUCUAUAGUUACUGAUUUGUGGAAGGAGGUUCUGCUGCCUCCUAAUCGAAAGCUUUAUUCCCUUCAAAUGCGAGGUGCGGAUUGGAAAUUAGUUAGAAAGGACACAAAUCUUACUAAAGAACAGCAAAGAAAAAUAUAUGCGUAUUGGCAUUUUGAAAAUGAACUGAAGGACCAGUAUUUUGAAUUUUUAAAGAAUAUUCAACAAGGCAUCCAGACCGGACAGGAUAAUAAUAAAACUGUAUCAAUUCUAACGGCAUCACAACUGUUAUCAUUUGCCCCUGAAAAAGAGCAAAUGUUAUUGACAAUGCUGAUUAAUAAAUUGGGUGACCCGGUGGCUAAAAUAGCAUCGAAAGCUUUGCACCAUUUGAGUGAUGUGGCCCAUCGUCAUCCCAAUAUGUGUGGAGUGAUUGUUAAUGAAACUGAGAAACUUCUAUUCCGUAAUAAUAUCUCCGAGCGAGCCCAACAUUUUGCUCUUUGCUACUUGUCAAGCAUAGCACCUGCCGGUCGACCAGAGGUCUGCACAAAAUUAGUUCACAUUUGCUUCUCCCUAUUCAAGGUUCUGGUCCAAAAGGGAGCUAUCAAUAACCGAACUAUGCAGGCCAUAUUACGCUGUUUACAAAAGGCCAUAUUGGAAGCCAAGCCGGCUUCUGGCAGCACUGAAUUGCUAAGCAAAGAGAUGCAAGAUACUAUAUAUCGUUUGGUGCAUUUGGCCGAUAUUCGGGUUUCUAUACAGACACUUGGCUUGUUGCUGCAAUUGGUUUCCGUCAAGACAGAGAAAAGUGAUCGUUUCUAUAAUGCCUUAUACAUUAAAUUGGUUGACAUGAACCUAACAACUAUUGGCACGAAAUGUGCCGCCCAGUUGCUGCACAUUGUCCACAGGGCGAUAUUUAUCGAUACGAAUUUGGCUCGUGCUCAAGCUUUUGUCAAACGGUUGCUGCAGUUGGCUCUUUGCAUGCCCUCAAAUAUGGCAGCUGGUUGCUUAAUCGUAAUACACAAAUUAUUACGUAGUCGUAAGGAACUUUGUCCUGAGGAGGAAAGCGACACAACUGGUGGUAAUGCCGUGAAAGUAUCAGUGACUGACGAAGAAUUGUCAAAGUUCGAUAGUGAUGGCGAAGAAAAGUAUGAUGAUGUUGUCGACACAAAUGACGGCAAGAUUGAGGAAAACCCAGACACUGGCAAUGUCGAAUCUUCAUGGCAUCAUUCCAAAGUAGCGCCAUGUGAGAUUGAAAGUAAAGUUCGUGAAAUGAAUCCCAGUAAAUAUGACCCCUAUCAUAGAGUGCCAGCAUUUGCCGGAGCCGAAUACUGUCUGCGAAAUGAGCUAAUAUUGCUGCGGGAACAUUUUCAUCCCACUGUUCAAGUUUUUGCCGAAAGCAUCUUAAACAAUAAACGUAUUGAUUACUAUGGUGACCCACUGCGUGAUUUUGGUCUACCACAUUUUUUGGAAAGAUUUUCUUUCAAGAAUCCCAAAAAGCUGGACCAAGAGAAAUCAAAUGUAACGGCAUUAGGUCACAAGCAUUAUAUAUCGUAUGGACCUCGUGGCAUGCCAGUAAAGAAUCUAACUCGUAACAAUUGCAGCGAAGAGGAAAUGUUUAUAUUUAAUUAUCUGGAACAAAAGCGUAAGCAAUCGGUUGUGACAAAACCAAAAACUGAAGACGAAGAAGAUGACGAGGAGAGUCCACUAAAAACUGGAGAUGUAGAUGACGAUGAAUUUGAACAGUAUCUAGAUGGAUUCUUUGGUAAAAAGUCAUCUAAGGCAGAGAAACAUGAGGCCGAUGCCGAAGAAUUAGACUUUCUCAAAGAGUUUGAAGAUGUCCUGGGAGCAGAUGCAAAACAGAGUAAAGGAAAAGCCAAGAAAAAACUUGCUGCUGAUGAAGAGGAUAAUAUGGAAGAUAUUGAUGCCGAUUGGGGCGAUGAUGAUGAUGAUGACAAAGGCAGUGAUUUGUCAAUGGACGAGGAUGGUUCUAUUGAUCUCAAUCAAAAUGAAGAUGGCGAUGAAGACGAUGACGAUCAAUCAAUAUCUAUGGAUGAAUUUGAGGACAACGAAGAUGAACCGGACCAUAGUAGUGACAGUGAUAUCGAUGCAGAUGAUGAUGACGAUGAACCAAAACAUAAAAAAUCAAAGAAAGAUGCAUUAUCAGACAUGAACGAACGUAACUUUGCCAAAAAGUUAAAACACAGUGAUGAUAUGAGUUCCCUCUUUGCUGCUGCCGAUGACUUUGCUGAAUUGUUAGAAGAAACGGGCAAAACAAAAGGUCAAGGUACCUUAAAUGCUGUUUUCAACGCCGACAAGUCCUCAGAAAAACAAUUACAAUGGGAAGAACAGAGGCGUUCGAAUACAAAAUCAUACAAAAAUAAAUCAAAACCAAGCGGUGGUAAAAUGUUUUCGAAGAAACGUAAACAUUAAUAAUAACAUUAUAUUUUUAUUUACAAUAGUUAUUGUUUAUUUUAAAAAUAAAAAAAGUUUAAAAUUUUAUAUAUGUACAAUAA